AUGGUGUCUCGACAGGAAUGUUUAAAUGAAUGUGUUCUCGCGGUUUCGUCGUUUUCUCCAUUCUAGCCUAUAAUCCGGUUUGAUGGGAGAUAUUUCCCCUGGUAGACCUGCCCACCAAAGUGUGACAUGUAAGAAGAUGAUCUUAUGUCACUCACAUAACCAAACUUAAUCCCAUGGAAUAAGAAGAAAAGGGAUAACAAAACUUAAAAGCUAUUUUCUUCACUUAUAUUAAAUAUCAAAAUUAUUCAUAAUGUCUGUACAUAAUUUAUUAAGAAUAACACAAAUAAACGCAAUUUAUCUCGAUGAAGAAGUUUUCAGAUUAUUUAAUGAAAUGCUUCAAAACAUCUCUAGACACUUACCACUAGGGUGUAUUUCACCAUUUGAACCGGAACUAGAGUUGUUACUUCGCUUGGCAAUUAUUAAGUAUUCACUUUUUAAUAAGAACGCCACAUUUGGUCAGGACCUAGUGAAUAUCAAAUACAGCAAUCUUACAGGCACACGAAAAGUUUUAUAUUUAUUUACCCACAUAUCCUCUUAUAUCAAGAAGAGAUGUGAAUUAUCAAGACCAUUCCACUAUAUGAAUGUUUUUAAUUUUAGAGUUUACACAGUUUGGGAAAUUUUGCAUUUAUUAAAUUUAUCUCUAUUUUUGAGAUCUGGAUCCAAACCUAAACUCAUUGAAAGAAUUCUAGGAUUAAAUCAAGUUUAUGAUAAAAAAGAUAUUAGCCCAAGGCUACAUCAGUCAAAAUAUUUGGCAAGAGAGUUACUGUGGAAUGGGUUCAUCGAAUUUUUAUUAUUUAUUGUACCAAUGAUAAAUUAUCGUAAAAUGAUGAGGAUGUUAAAGAACUUUAGUCCAUUACACAGGAAAAGUUACACAUUGACAUUAAAUAGGAACAUGACGAUACAAACAAAAUGUGCACAUUGUGGACAGAAUCCGAUACUCCCUCAUCAUAUGGAAUGCUCCCAUAUUUUUUGUUAUAUCUGCUUAUCAGGAAACCAAAAGAUGGAUUCAAAAUACGAGUGUCCUUUGUGUGAACACAAAAAUGUGAAUACCAUUUGUCGUAGCGUUUCAAUGUGACAUUAAAUAAAGUUGGCGUUGUUA